CUUAGUGCAAAACAUUAUUGGGGGGUAGUAGAGGUUAAGAGUCUUAUCCACAUAAGGAAGUCCUAAGAUUCUUGCACACAAGGCAGUGUUCCCAAUGGCUAAUAAUCCACCAAACACACCACCUUUACUUUUCUUUGGUUUUCUCUGUUUAUGGCUUUCAUGCACAAAUUCAUCAUCUUCAUCUUCUUCUUCAACCCAAAAAGCACAGGAUUUUGAUAGAAUAAGGCAUUUGCCAGGGCAACCAAACAGGCCAUUAGUGACACAGUACUCAGGCUACAUCACAGUUAAUGAGUCUCAUGGGAGGGCCCUCUUCUACUGGUUCUUUCUAGCCCAAUCCCAACCCUCAAUCAAACCUCUCAUUCUAUGGCUAAAUGGAGUUUUGAGAAUAUAUAAAUAAAUAAAAAGAAGGGCGUGUUUGGUAUGAAAAAAACAACAGGACCAGGUUGCUCAUCAAUAGGAUAUGGAGCUGCUUCAGAGUUGGGUCCUCUCAGAGUUCAUGAAAAUGGAUCUGCUCUUCACUUCAACAACUAUUCUUGGAACAAAGAAGCCAACUUAUUGUUUGUGGAGUCUCCAGUGGGCGUUGGCUUCUCAUACACAAACACUUCCUCUGAUCUGACCACUCUGGAUGACCACUUUGUUGCCCAAGAUUCAUACAACUUCAUAGUCAAUUGGCUUGAAAGAUUCCCACAGUUCAAGAAUCAUGACUUCUUCCUUGCAGGAGAGAGCUAUGCAGGCCACUACGUUCCCCAACUAGCCGAGGUUAUUUUUGACCGAAACAAGGAUAUGAAGAAAUACCCACACAUAAAUCUCAAGGGUUUCAUAGUAGGAAACCCAGAAACCAAUGAUUAUUAUGAUUACAAAGGGCUUUUGGAAUAUGCAUGGAGCCAUGCAGUGAUUUCAGAUCAAACCUAUGACAAAGCCAGAGAAACAUGCGACUUUGCAAGCUCUAAAUGGUCGAAUGAAUGCGACGAAGCCAUAUCAACUGUGUUCUCGAGAUACGAAGAAAUCGAUAUCUAUAAUAUCUAUGCUCCCAAAUGUCUUCUGAACGAAUCUUCGUCGCAAAUGGGUAUUAAUAACAAUGCGAAUGGAAGGAUGAUAAAGCGAAUCCCAGCAGGGGGUUACGCGCCGUGCUAUUCAUCCUAUGCAGAGGAUUACUUCAACAAGAUUGACGUUCAAAUGGCUUUCCAUGUGAAUAUUAGAGAACCCGUAGGCUCAACCGUCCAUUGGAAGGCAUGCAGCGAUCCUGUGUAUAAUGCGUACAAGUCCACUACCUUAUCCGUGCUCCCGAUUUAUCAAAAGCUAAUCAAAGGAGAACUCAAAAUUUGGAUUUACAGUGGGGAUGCUGAUGGGAGAGUGCCAGUGAUCGGGACAAGAUAUUGGAUAGAAGCUCUUAAGCUACCUUUGAAAACCCAAUGGCGCUCUUGGUUCCACAAUCAUCAGGUUGGAGGAAGGAUAACUGAAUACAAUGGCUUGACGUUUGUAACGGUGAGAGGGGCAGGUCACCUCGUACCACUCGAUAAACCGAGUGAAGCUCUAGCACUUGUACACUCUUUCUUGUCGGGUGAAGAACUUCCGCGAGAGAGAUGAAUUGAACAUCACAAAUCUUUUGUUUAUUUGUAUCAUUUGGAAGAAUUUAUGAACAUAAGAACACAAAGUAGAUUAGUUCAAGUAUGUUUGUGAAAUACUGAAAGUUAAACAAGUUCGUCAAUCUUUUCAUUUGACUUUUCACUGUAUUCAAUGCAAAUGCAACUCUUUGACAAUGAAUAUCUUUUUUAUAAAUAAAUAUAUGGUGUAUAU